AUGCCGAAACAGGAUAUUGUCGAGGCUGUUAAUGGAAAUGAGAGUGAGGAAACAAACUUCACGAAAAGAGUGACCGAAGCGCCAGUGUUGCCCUCGUAUGCCGAUCUUCCUCCUGUUCCCAAUAUGCCACAUGGGUGCACAUGGGGCUUGUGGGACAGAAAAGGCCACCAAGACGAACUCGGCACCUUGAACCUUUUGACUCCCUCGACCAUCUUGGCAGCUAAAGACGAGAUACAGUACGGAAGGAGUGUUGCCAUCAACUGGUCACUCGAUAACUGCGAGACGCCUCACUCAAAUCGAAAGAAGCCCAAUCAUCGGAUCCUGCAGCUUCCAGAUUGGAUAGGUCAUGAUGAUGAGAUUGAGAUGAACACUCAAAGUGGGAGUCAGUGGGAUGGUUUCCGUGAGCAUCCCGUUGCAAAAUGGUCAAAGCGAGGCGGCAUCGUCGGCCGGGGUAUUCUCCUAGAUUAUUCCAGAUGGGCUGAGAGCCAGGGCAUUCGAUACUCCCCAAUCGAGCGUCACGCCAUAUCUGAAAAAGACCUGGAAGCCGUGGCCACCUGGCAAGGCACAGAUUUUCGAGAGGGAGAUAUCCUCUUGAUACGGUCCGGGUUUGUCAAAUGGUAUAAAGAAUCAAGUCCACAAGCGCGUAGAACCGGGACAGUGGAUGGUUCAAGUUGGGCCGGUGUGGAGGGAACUAAAGAAUCCGUGGCAUGGUUAUGGAAUAAGCACUUUUCCUGUGUUGGCGGGGAUGCCAAUGUCUUCGAGGCCUGGCCUGCAAAAGACGAGAGAUACAGACUGCAUGACAAUCUGAUUGCGCUCUUCGGAAUGCCUGUUGGAGAGAUGUUUGACUUGGAAAAGCUGGCGGAAGUGUGCCAACAACUCAAUAAAUGGAGCUUUAUGUUUACAAGCGCCCCCUUGAAUUUCCCAGGGGGUGUUGCAAGCCCGCCAAAUGCGAUCUGUAUCCUUUAA